AUGAACGCUGCUACACAGGGCGAUAAGGCCAUUGCAAAUUCAGACUGGCCAGCAGCCAUUAAACACUUCACCGAUGCCCUAAUCGAACUACCCCGCGCCCCGAGCUACUACAUCAAGCGGUCGACUGCGUACUUACGCCGAAAGCCCGCGGAUGGAGGUCCUGAUUUCGAUGCUGCCCUUCGCGAUGCGGAAAUCGGUCUUGUGCUCGCCCGUGAGCGCGCCAAGCGCGAGCUCAUUCUCGACGCGCAGAUGAGACGUGCGAUUGCACUGUUCCAGCUGGAACGGUAUGGCGACGCAGCCUAUAUCUUCGACAUCGUGAAAGAAAAGAUCGAAACGGGCCGUUCCAAGGACAAGUCGACUCAGAUGCAAGCAGCGGCGACGGGUCAGCGCUCGAUGGAGAAGCAUGAACAAGAGCUAUCCAUCUGGACCAUCAAGGUUAAGGGGAAGCUCAGCAAACUGGGCCCGGAUAGCGAGAAGGCAGCCGUGACGAUCAAGGAGUAUCCGGAGAAUGUCGAGAUUCCCGGAGAAGAAGAAAUGAGGAAAAUCCUGAAAGCUCAGUUGGCAGGAGAAAAAGCAGGCUCUGAUGCUGGCACGGACAAGACCGAGACAGCCACCAAUGAGCCAUCUCCCGAUAAAACGAAGGAGGCCACGCUAGAUGCAGCCGGUCCUGGCUCGUCUGCACCUAUGAGUGCUGGUCCUGGUGCUGUUCCCGAAAAGAUUCGGCAUGAAUGGUAUCAGUCCAAUGAUUCGGUGGUUGUGACACUCUAUGCCAAGGGUGUUCCAAAGGAUAAAUUGGACGUCGAUCUUCAGAACACUUCGAUCUCUGUCCAAUUCCCCCUUCCAUCAGGCGCCGUAUACGCCUUCACCCUCGAUCCUCUGUACGCUCCCAUCGACACAACUCAGUCCAAGAUCGCCGUCUUGUCUACAAAGGUUGAGAUCGUUCUCCGCAAACAAACACCCGGUCAGAAAUGGAGCGCCUUAGAAGCAUCAUCGACCACCGCGAAUCUGACAGAUCGUUCCACCGUUGUUAACGACGAAGCCGCCUCGACGAGCAGCAGCAAGCCCAGCGGUCCGGCAUAUCCAACAUCAUCCCGCCACGGAGUCAAAGAUUGGGACAAACUGGCUUCAGACCUUACAAAGAAGAAGAGAAAGGACAAGGCGAAGUCGGCCACCAAAGACAAAGGUGACGACGGCGAGAAAGAUGCCGCUGAAGAUGCGGGCGCCGAGUCCGACGGUGCUGAAUCUAUCGAUUCGGAUUACGGCACCGGCGAUCCCGUCGAUGCGUUCUUCAAGAAACUGUACGCCAACGCCGACCCGGACACGCGCCGCGCGAUGGUGAAGAGCUACUACGAAAGCGAGGGGACGGCGCUGAGCACGAACUGGGAGGAGGUCGGCAAGGGGAGGGUGCCUGUCCGUCCGCCUUCCAGUGAUUAA